AUGCCUUACACACUCCAGCCUGGCGGUUACAUCGACCCCACCUCCAACUCUGGCCCUGGAGACAUUGAAGUCGAUCCAAGCGCUCCCGGAAAUGUCAUGCGCUAUGCACUAGGCUUCGAGACCAUGGCCAACGCAAUCGGCGGAACAUGGAUGGUCUUCUUCCCACAAAGUUUCCUGGGCAUGCUCGUGAACUCAUCCUCCGACAUCACUCCAACCGCAGUGACAUGGACCCAAGUCACCGGUGCUCUGGUUUACGCUCUCGCUACCCCGCUCAUCUUGGGUAUCCCAAACACGAAAAGAGGUAUCGAAAGUAGAGCGCCCACUUACUACACCCUCUCUGCUGGCGAGGUUGGCGUUGUGGCUGUCGCGCUGUACAAAGCUAUCGUCUAUGGAGACGACAGUGGAUGGAGCAGAAAUGCUUUGCUUGCUGCCAGCUCCGUCCUAGCCCCUACUCUGGCAUGGAGAUUCUAUGUACUCUUCGGCAAACCGGAGUGGAUUGGCAGAUAUCGCGAGGUUGCGCGCAAGGGCAAAUAA